CUUUUUGUCGGCGGUCCGGUCGACAUAACACCGGAAUACGUGCACGCGCGACACCGAGCACUUGUCAUGAGAAUCAGCUGCUCCGAGCGAGCACGGGGACAAUAAACAACAUCGCGGCUCACUCUUUUCAAUUCAAGGUUCCAGCUGAUGAGGCGACAGGAUGGCGGGAGCAGAGGUGUACACCCCUGCAAACCCCACCUGCAAGAUUAUGACCUUCAGGCCCACAAUGGAGGAGUUCAAGGACUUCAACAAGUAUCUAGUUUAUAUGGAGUCUCAGGGCGCACAGCGCGCAGGUCUGGCCAAGGUGAUUCCUCCUAAAGGCUGGAAGCCUCGUCGUACCUAUGAUGACAUCGACGAUUUGAUGAUUGACGCUCCCAUCCAGCAGAUGAUGGCCGGCCAGUCGGGCCUUUUCACGCAGUACAACAUUCAGAAGAAGCCACUCAGUGUGCAGGAGUUCAGGCGACUAGCUAAUAGCGACAUGUACUGUACGCCUCGUUACCUGAACUAUGAAGAUCUCGAGCGGAAGUACUGGAAGAACCUCACGUUCGUUUCGCCCAUAUAUGGUGCUGAUGUCGGCGGCAGCCUCUACGACGAGGAUGUCGAGGAAUGGAACAUUGGUCACCUGAACUCAAUCUUGGACGUCAUCGAGGAGGACUGUGGUGUGUCCAUCCAGGGGGUCAACACGCCAUAUCUCUACUUUGGCAUGUGGAAAACAACUUUCUCCUGGCACACAGAAGAUAUGGAUCUGUACAGCAUCAACUACCUUCACUUUGGAGAGCCCAAGUCCUGGUAUGCCAUCCCUCCAGAGCAUGGGAAAAGACUGGAACGUUUGGCUACUGGUUUCUUUCCGAAUAGCUUCAAGGGAUGUGAGGCUUUUCUCCGUCACAAGAUGACUCUAAUCUCACCCUUUGUACUGAAGAAGUAUGGCAUUCCCUUUGAUAAGAUUACGCAGGAGGCUGGAGAGUUCAUGAUCACCUUCCCUUACGGCUACCACGCCGGCUUCAAUCAUGGUUUCAAUUGUGCUGAAUCAACCAAUUUUGCAACCAUACGAUGGAUAGAAUAUGGCAAGAACGCUACACAGUGUACUUGCAGUAAGGAUAUGGUCAAAAUAUCCAUGGAGCCUUUUGUAAAGAGGUUUCAGCCUGACCGCUAUGCCAAUUGGAUGCUGGGCAAAGAUUCUGCGCCCAUCGACCACACACUGGCUACUCCCAGUACAACACCUGAGUUGCAAAGUUGGUUGCACAGGCGCUCCAGGACCAAAUCCUCCAAUAAAAGCAGCAGCCAUUCUCGAAUGCGUUUAAAACGUCUCAGAACCACGGACGAGCCUGUUGGCCUAGAUGACAGUGCUCUGUGCAGCAGCAAGAGGAAAGGCCUGUGUGGUCCGCCUGGGCCCAAAGUGCGACGGUCUCUCGAAGAAACGCCGUGCACGUCAGAAAAGGCAGAGGAGGAGGAAGGGGAGGAGAAACAUGGAAAAAGGGAGACCCGACAUAGCCAGAACUCUCUUCAGCUUUCUGCCUGCUAUGCAUCUACAGGUCGCUGCAGACAGAUGUGUGUGGUCAAAGUAAACCGAGUAGAGAGCAACACUUUGAGUUUCCCGAACAUGGAUCUCCGAAACUCUCAGUCCAGUUCCUGCCCGUCCCCUGCCUCCUCAGCAAAGCACAACUUGAAGGCAGAGACUGACACUCGUAGUGACCCUCAAGAACCCUCAAGGCCUGAGAGCAAUGAUAGGACUCCUGAAGGACUCAGAGAUUGGUCUGAGCCAUCUCAAAUGCAGCUAGGAAGGAACACGUCAGCGUGUUGCCCUCCUGAACCUCAAGACCUCUUAAAUUCUCAGGACUGUUCUGCCAUGGACACCCCCAUGGAGACCACCACACACACCUCCUCUUCACACACAACAAGCACCUCCAUUGAGACAGAGAUGGGCUUGUGUCCUUUUGAUUCUGACGCUCAGACAACAAACUUAUUGAGUACAGGAAACACUUCAAGCCCAGAAGCAAACACUAACAGCAGCAUGGACAACGCAUCUGGAAUUUGUGCAAACUCAAUUGUUAAACCAGAGGAAUCAAUCACUUUUGACCAAAAACAUAUCUACCCGCAAUGCACUGCAGAAGUAGAUUAUGAUACAGACCCGAAGCCAGUAGAGGGAGGUAGUUGCACAUCAUGUGUCCUUCCUUCCUUUCCAGGACAUGACUGUGUCUUGGAAAACAGCAGUUGUGAGCAAAGUGUUUUGCCCCCAUUGCUGCAAACCAGUGCAGCGGAUAUGCCACACCUCACUCCAGAGCCAGCAGAUACAUUUGGAAUCAGUCCUCUACCUCCUGUACUGAUCCAAGAGAUGCCCUCCCUCACCCCAGCUGAUUAUGGGCUACCUGCCAUGUCAAAAUCUUGCACAUACUCCCACCAGUUUGCACCUGUGCUCCAACGGGAGAUGCCAGGAGGUGCGCCAUCCUCCCUUGGAAUAAAACAGGAAGCGACUGAAUCAAGGAUUCCCAAAGAAUCUUCCUGUACAGAACAAAUCCAUGACUGGCAUUUACAUUCUGCAGAUCAUUUUCAAAGCACAGCAGAUCCAAGGCUAGAAAUUGAUGUGGCUCAUGUAUCUGGCAAUGACAUCCACAAAGCAUCUGAUAGUGUACACAGAAGUGUCGUAAUGUCUGAACUAGGGGCAGGAAAUCACAAAGUGGUUGGAAAUGUUGGAGAGAGGAAGGUCUCCUACCGGCUAGGUCGGAGCGUUGCACUCCAAAUAGAACAACAUUCCAGUUUAGCGGAGUUAGCAACAAGUGAUAAAGAGCAAGCUCAAAUUGCAUUGAGUCAAAGCAGUGUUGGCCCUUUUGGGCCUGAUUCCUCAACCAAUAAACGUCCGUCCUCUUCAAUCCCACAGCACCGUUACUCAGAUUUAGAACUCAACUCUCGUUCACACUGUACUUCCCAGAGUCCCCACACGCAGCCCAAAUAUGACUCCAGCAGUAUUUGGAGGAACUUCAACUCCCAGGGCCCUGCUGUGCUCAUCCAAAGCCUCCAACCAGAUCCCCCCUGUGACUUCACCCAUGACCCCAUACCAUACACUGUGUGGACGGAACCCCAGUGCAAAGAGGUCACACAUCUGGAGGACCCUGGAGAAGAACUACGUGAGAGCCAAGACGGGGACGCUGGACCUCUUACUUGGGCUCAGCUUGAGCCCACCUCACUACAUUCAGUCACUGCCGCUGAGGAUGUGGAGUUUUGUGGAGAUGAAGGGGAAUCCGAUGAGCCCCUCGCUUCAAGCAGGGUGCUAGAAAGACGGAUACAGUCCCCUGUAGGUGCAGUUUUACCUUCGCUAAUGAGUGUAGGUGAGCAGGAUGGGAUUUCUGAUCUGGAGGAAGAGGAGUCCGAUUUUGAGGAUGAAGAGCAGGAAAGCAGUACCAAUGGGGAGGACAGCAGUGACUCAUCUGAUGAGGAUGAAAGUGAUUUAAGUAACUACGAGUAUGAUGAAUCAGCCUUGGAACCUGGGGAGGUUUGUGCUUACCCAGCUCUGUCAGUAAAGAGAACCACAAAGAGCUGGCGUCACCCACUCAGGAAACCCACUGCCAGAGCUGUACCCACUGCCGUCAAACAGCAGGCUGCCAGUGAUGAUGACCUCGAUCCCCCCGAAGCAGAUGAGGAGGAUGAGCCUGAGAGUGAAGCGUGGGCGAGGCCGCUGAUCUACCUCUGGCAGAACAGGAAGAGCUGCUUCAUAGCGGAGAGGGAGUACAACGCUCAUGCUGCCAACAUGGAGCCAUAUUGUGCCGUGUGCACACUUUUUAUGCCCUACUAUCAGGGGGAAGACAAAGCAGAGGGUAGUAGCCCAAAAACUGCAGGAGACACAUCAGCCUCUUCCUCUCCUAAGGAGGGUUCCGCGCAUUGUUACCGGGGUCCGAGGAACUCCAAGCCCCUGAUCCCAGAAAUCUGCUUUUUCUUCCGUGAGCAAAACUGCCCUCCGACUCCCACCAACCCUCUGCUGCAGGACGAUGGCACCUCCCCUCUGCUUUCCUGCCAGGGAUGCUGCCUUCAAGUACACGCAAGUUGCUAUGGUGUUGCAGCAGAUGACGCCAGCGACCAGUGGUCUUGCGAUCGCUGUGCAGAGGGCAUCUUCACAGCGGAAUGCUGUUUGUGUAACCUCAGAGGCGGAGCACUGAAGAAAACCCGAAAUGACAAAUGGGCCCACAUCAUGUGUGCAGUAGCACUGCCAGAGGCGAGGUUCAGCAAGGAAGCCGAGCGGGGUCCCAUUGACACGAGUAGGAUCCCCAUGCAGCGAUACAAACUGAAGUGCAUCUAUUGUCGUAAGCGCUGGGCGGGGCAGCGGCAGGCGGGUGCGUGCAUCCAGUGCUCGUGCGGCCGGUGCCCCACCUCUUUUCAUGUGACCUGUGGCCAUGCCGCCGGGGUUGUCAUGGAGCCUGACGAUUGGCCGUACGUGGUGUCAAUCACCUGCCAUAGACACCAGUCGCGGAGUUCUUCGGCUAAACAGCGGGCGUCUCAAGCGUCCAUCUCGCUGGGCCAGACGGUCAUCUCCAAGCACAAGAACCUGCGCUACUACAGCUCCAAGGUCACGCAGAUCACCUCCCAGAUGUUCUACGAGGUCAUGUUUGAUGAUGGCUCCUUCUCCAAUGAUACCUACCCUGAGGACAUAGUGAGCAGAGAUUGUGUCAACUUGGGUCCUCCUGAAGUCGGAGAAGCCGUUCAGGUGAAAUGGCCCGAUGGGCUCUUCUAUUGUGCCAAAUAUUUGGGAUCCAACGUGUCCUACAUGUGUCAGGUGGAGUUUGAGGACGGCUCUCAGGUACUGGCAAAGAGGGACGACGUCUACACUUUGGACGAAGACCUGCCUAAAAAGGUGCAGCACCGACUUUCCACAGCCUCCAGCAUGCGUUUCCAGGACGCCUUCUUCACCACGCAGGGGGAGCGGAAACGGCAGCGAACUCCCAAUUCCCGUUUCCAAAACGACUACGUGGCCCUGCCGGACCUCCGCGCCACUGCCAAAAGCACAUGGGAGCAACACAAAGGGAAAGAAAAACGAUGGGGGCCUGACAGAGACAAAUGAAAGCACUGAGGUCACAGUCGAUGCGUAGGUGUGCGUGUGUGCUUGAGAUUAUAUUUUUGGGACUGUAAACUAUUUCCCAGAUGCCCCUGUGACCAGCCAAGGGGUUCUAAUGCAUUUGUAAAUUCUACGUCAAGGAUUGUCGGAGGAGCAUUGCGGUUGGCCAGCUGGACUUUACAGAAAGGUUACUCGAGGACGUCGUCUCCUUGUGCUUUCACAUGCGUCAGGGAGAACAAAAGCGAACUGUGACUUUACAUUUGUCAAUUUGUUUUCUUUUGACAUGAGAAAUGUAAAGUGUUUUUUUCUGAAACAGCUUGCCCAUGGUAGGUUUUUGGAGGUCUUUUAUUUCCAAGUUUUGAUUUUGGAACAUUUCUGCACUUUGCUGGUAGUAUUUUCCUCGGGUUUCGGCGUCUCCACACGCAUGUUUAACACUGUCGCUUGGCUGCGCCAACAUGGCUUCAUCUCUGCUCUUCUCGUUAGUCUCUUCGAUAUGAUGAAGGAUUUGAUCAUGACAAAAAAUACUGUGCACAUUGAGAUUAGGAAUUUAAAGAAAGAGUCAAUGUUCUUGACAGGCAGGAAGCCAUGCCAGCGUACGCCCGACGAAACGUGAAAUGCUACUCUGUUGAAUGAAACUCACUGUUGAAAUUAUUUAAAUUUGUAUUUAUUUUUGUGCUUGCUAUAGUUGAACUAUUGCUAACUGCUGUAAGGAAAGCAAAAUAAAGUGUUUUUUUUAAUUGCCAA